AUUAAGAACACAAAUAGUUCAGAAUGGCGAACAGAACUGUCAAGGACGCAGUGACUAUCAAGGGCACAAAUCCUCAGUAUAUCAUAGAAAAGAUUACCAGAACCAGAGUAUACGAGUCGAAGUUUUGGAAAGAAGAAUGUUUUGCUUUGACUGCUGAGCUUAUUGUUGACAAAGCAAUGGACUUAAAGUACAUUGGCGGUACGUACGGAGGAAACAUAAAACCAACUCCCUUCCUCUGCCUGAUCCUCAAAAUGCUGCAGAUACAACCGGAGAAGGAUAUCAUUAUCGAAUUCAUCAGAAAUGAAGAUUACAAGUAUGUGCGAUGUUUGGGAGCCUACUAUCUACGGUUAACUGGGACUGCUAUUGACUGUUAUAAUUAUCUGGAACCACUUUAUAAUGACUACAGAAAGAUAAAAGUAAAGAAUCGUAAUGGUGUUUUCGAACUAUCACAUGUUGACGAAUAUGUAGAAAGUCUACUCACUGAAGAAUCGUGGAUCGGUCAGACAUUGCCUAGGAUACAGCUAAGGUACGUUCUAGAGGAAACUAAUCUGCUCGAACCGCGAGUCAGUGCUUUAGACGAUGAUUUGAUGGAUGCUUCAAGCGACGACGACGAGUUACCCGACUAUGUUUACUCCGAGCCUCGUGCCAAACUGAACAUGAGGAAAUCACCCAGAAAAUCCCCGAUAUUGACACGCAGGUCUCCGCCCGUGUCCAAACCACGCGGUUCACCUCCUCCCAGAAGAAGAAGCAGAACUCCGCCUAAAAGGAGAAGAAGUGUUUCGCCUGAGAAAGAGAAACGGAGACGAAGUCCGACCCCCUGAGCGUAAGAGAAGGAGCCCGACUCCAGAGAGGAAACGAGAAAGAUCUCCGAGGAGGCAUAGAGAAGAAAGGGAAAGAUCCCCGAGAAGAGACGACAGAGGGAGAUCUCCAAGACGUGAUGACAGAGGCAGGUCUCCCAGAAGAGACAGGUCCCCUCGUAGAGACAGAUCUAGAUCUCCUCCUCCUAGACGCGAUCGGCGGCAUUGAAGCCGCAGAUCCUAUCAUACAAAAGAGUUAUCUUUGUAAUGAAUAUGUCGUCGUGACGUUCCCCUCCAACCAAUGUACCAAUGUAUACUCAAGAGAGUUCGCGAGUUAUAAGACAAUAGAUAUGGGACAAUUUCUAAGAAACUGAGUUAGUGAGUUUCUUGUUAUGUACACCUCUAUAUUUGUACCACACCCAAUUGCACCCUGAAUUGCAGCUUGCUCGAUUGGAAACAGUUAUUUCUGUAAUUUUUUAUUUGACCAAGUUAAAGCUUUAUGAUUGAUAUAUUAUAUUCUUAUUUAAGCGGACGCAGUUAUUCAUCGCAUUUACACCAUUAAUUCAUAUUUUUAUUGCUGCUUCCACAGUCGAAUGAAUAUUUUGAUGCUGUUGUUAUAUCGCGAUGUGAUGAUAUUUUAAUCAAUUUUGACCACAG